AAAGAACAUGUCUUCUGGGGUGGAAGUAGACCAAGCUGUCAUGGAUGCUUAUAAUGACAUCAAGCUGAAGAAAAGGCAUGCAUACGUGGUAAUGAUGAUCAAAGACAAAAAGAAGAUCGUCGUGGAAACCUUGGGAGAUAAACUUCCUCAAAACUGCUCUGAAUCCCGAAAUGAGGACAUAUUCAACAGCAUGAAAAAGUCUUUUGGAAACGAACCUCGUUACAUACUUUUUGACUUCUGUUUCACCAGACCGAAUCAUUCUACAGCGCAGAAGUUAGCAUUAAUCAGUUGGUGUAAUGAUGAUGUUGCAAUCGGCAAAAAGAUGAUUUACGCCAGUUCAAAAGAUGCGUUGAAGAAAAGCUUCACUGGACUGAAUAUCGAGUUCCAGUGUACAGACCCAACUGAAUUUCAACACGCAGAACUGGUGAAAGAAAUGAUCCAUAAAGACAGGGUAUAAACCUGAUAACACUUUGGAGAGUCACUUCUGAACCCUUACUAAUUUGGCUUUUGAUGGAAAAUCUUUUUGCUGUAAAUUUAAGGCAUGCAUUAAAAGAUUAGAGACCUUUCUUUAGAAGA